GCAAGCGCCGAUUUGGGUCUCCAGCUCCAGGUGCCCCUUGAGCAGGGGGCACUGCCGCCUGUGAAGAUGGAGGCGCAGGACCCGGCAGGCCCUGAACCAGGGGAUGGAGCAGAGCAAGGCGAAAACCUUCCCCUCCUCGUCUGUUCUGGGACCAUUGGGGAGUUGCUGAGAUGGGCAGCUCCACACCAGCCCAGGCCUGAGCGGCAGGAUGAACUGCCCCAGCGCUGGGAGGUGCAGUGGCAGGAGGUGCUGCAGGCUUUAUGGACCCCUCCAGAGGUUGUGCCAGCCACGGUGACCCCACACCUGCCUGUGCUGGUGCCAGGGGAAGACAUGGAAGCUUAUUUGGCCACCUUUGAGCGUGUGGCCGAGGCGUGCCAGUGGCCCAAAGGGGAGUGGGUGACGCGGCUGGUACCAGCCCUCAGUGGAAAAGCCCGGCAAGCCUACAGCAGCCUGGAGGCCAGGGACAGCGGGGACUAUGGGAAGGUGAAGGCAGCCAUCCUCAGGGGGGAUGACGCCCCGCUGGAGACGCGGCGCCGGCGCUUCCGCGGCUUCCGCUACCAGGACGGUGAGGGGCCGAGGGAGGUUUGCAGCCGCCUGCGGGAGCUGUGCCAGCGCUGGCUGGAGCCCCAGCGCCGCAGCAAGGAGCAGAUGCUGGAGCUGCUGGUGCUGGAGCAGUUCCUGGCCGUCCUGCCCGAGGAGAUGCAGGGCUGGGUAUGGGAACGCAGCCCCGAAACCUGCGCCGAGGCGGUGGCCUUGGCAGAGGGCUUUCGGCUGGAGCAGCCAGAGGCUGGACUAUGGGAGCAGCAGGUCAUGGUGCGUGUGAAGGUCGAGGAAGUGACCUCGGAGAAGAUGGCAUCCCCUGGGGCAUUCUGGGAAUCUCCUGGCGCCCACCUGGAGCAGCCACCAUCCCGUCCUGAACACGUGCCCCCAGUGGAAGAGGAGGCAGGACGGGGUGAAUCCCGUGGGCCUCAGUAUGAACCGACUCGUAUCAUCAAAGAGGAACCCCAGCCCCUCCAGGAAACGGUUCUGGCCAGAAACCUCGUGCCAUGUGCAAGCCCCCAGCUGGAGGUGACAGAAGCCUUGAGGCCCAGCGCGGCAUCCCUAGGAAGACCCAAAGGCAAAGGCUCGCGGGCCCCGCGCAGGGCAGAGCAGCAGCACGGCAGCCCAGCAGAGAAGCAGCCGGUGGAGCCACCCGCUCAAACUGCUGUGGGCGAUACUGGGAAGCCUGAAGCACAGCUCCGGCCGUUCAAGUGUGCCGAAUGCACCAAGACCUUCUGCCGCAGCUCGGACCUCGUGCGUCACCGGCGGAUCCACCGCGGAGACCGGCCGCACCACUGUGCCGAAUGCGGGAAGAGCUUCGUGCGCAACUCCCACCUGCUCAUCCACCAGGUCAUCCACCGCGGCGAGCGCCCUUUCCUCUGCGGCCAGUGCGGCAAGAGCUUCAGCCAGAGCUCCACCCUCACCCGCCACCAGCGCAUACACACGGGUGAGAAGCCCCACCGCUGCCACCAGUGCGGCAAGAGUUUUGGCCGCAACUCCAACCUGACGCGGCACCAGCGCCUGCACGCGGCCGAGCGGGUCUACCGCUGCGCUGGCUGCGGCGAGGCCUUCCGCAGUCGUGGCCUCCUUAUCUCCCACCAGCGCCGCAGCAAGAAGGAGCGGCCCGAAGCCUGCCGCAAGCGCACGGCCCCAGCCUAGCCCAUGGUGGGGUGUGCUCCAGCAUUCCCAAGGCUCCCAGUAUAGGGGCGUCCCCAGCUCUGAGCUCAAGCGGUGAUGUUGCAGGGGCAAAGGUGAUGGGAAGGUGGCAUGGUCGUCCUGGGGUGGGGGACUAUCAGACUGUACUGUGCCUGCCUGCCCGUCCCAGCACCCUCGAUUCAUCCAUCCACCCACCUGCCCCUGCCAGCACACUGCCUACAGACUGCUGACACCAAGGCUCCUUUCUGGGAGUGGGGGCCAUCUCUUUCCCCUCUUGGGGGUGCUUUGUUUUUUGCCCUGCCCUUGGGAGCAUUUUGGCUCAAGGGUGAGUGGGCCAGAGUGCUGCUAGCUCCUGCAACAAGGGCUGCACGUAAUCUGCCACCCCCGCUACACCCACCACGAUCUACCGCUCCUCUCUGUAGGCAAAUCAAGACUGUGAGCCACGUUGGAUCGGACUCCAGCCCAGCACGCUGGGCCACCCCUGCUAGUGACUGGCGGGUGUGCUAGCAGUUCUCCAGGCUGGGGGGAUUUUUUAAAGACUUGCUUUUAUUAUAAGAUACCGACUACGAUGGCUGUGCAUGUCGGGUGAUAGGGUGAGCUGACUGUGGGGGGGGGCGACUUAAUUUAUUGUUGCUCUUAUUUAUAUUACUGCAGUGCCUGACAGGCCCUAGUGGGAAAUGUGACCUUGUUGUUGCAGGCACUCAGCGGGCCAGGACAUCAUGCUGGCUGCCGCAGCAGAGAGACACAGGGGCAGAAGGUCCCUGCCCUGGGGAAUUUGGCACUCUGGGGCU